GGAUCCUAACAAGCCUGUCCCCCAGGACACUAAGUUCAUUCAUACCAAGGCCAACCGCUUUGAGGAGGUGGCUUGGUCAAAAUAUAACCCUCAGGACCAGCUCUACCUCCACAUCGGCCUCAAACCCCGGGUUAGGGACCACUAUCGCGCCACCAAGGUGGCCUUCUGGAAACACCUGGUGCCACACCUUUACAACCUCCACGACAUGUUCCACUACACCUCUACCACCACCAAGGUGCCCCCUCCAGACACUACCCAGACCUCCCUAGCCACCAAAAGGCCAGGCAAGGUGUGGCCUUUCAACACCAAGCGUCCCCCCAUGUCCCCUGCCUACAACAGUGACAACACCGAGCCAUGGGGUGAGGAUGAAGGGGCGGGCCCUCUGGUGGUGGAAAACCCCAGAGACUACUCCACAGAGCUGAGUGUGACCAUCGCUGUCGGCGCCUCCCUCCUCUUCCUCAACGUGCUGGCCUUCGCAGCCCUCUACUACCGUAAGGACAAGCGGCGGCAAGACUCCAGCCACGGACAGCCCAGCCCCCAACGUCAGACGGCCUCCAAUGACAUCGGGCACCAUGGCAGCUCGGCAGAGGAGGAGAUCAUGACACUGCAGAUGAACCAGACGCACCACGAGUGCGAAGCAGGCAGCGGAGGCGAGGGUGGAGGAGGGUCGCUGAGGCUUGCCUCGCUGCCAGACUACACACUAACCCUACGGAGGUCUCCGGAUGACAUCCCCCUGAUGACCCCCAACACCAUCACCAUGAUCCCCAACUCCCUGGUGGGCAUGCCCAACCUGCACCCUUACAACACCUUUACGGCUGGCUUCAACUCCACAGGGCUGCCUCACUCCCACUCCACCACACGCGUAUAGCUUUUUUA